GGUAAUUUGCGGGGAAGUGGAGCGCGCUCUGCUCAAUGCGUGCCUGGUGUGGACGCAGAGCAUCCAUCUUCUGCGCUUUUCUGCGCUUUUUUGCGUCAUUCAUGGAACUUAAAUCAACAUUAGACGCUAAAUCCUGGAUGAAGCGCUCUGAAGGAGAGUUUGAGGGUUUGUAGUUUGUUUUGGAGCUCCUUGGGACUGAUCAUGAAAAGUUUACUCCCCCUCAUCGUUUUUCUCUCAACGUGUCCGCUCACGGUCGACGGCCGACAUCCAACAUGUAACUUCCUGCUGGAGGUGCAGCGGGACGAGGCGGAGUGUGUGAAGAGGCUGAGGGAGGAAGACAACCAAAAAGAGCCGGGAUGCAAAGGAGCCUGGGACAACAUAGCAUGCUGGGAACGAGCUGAAUUCGGAGAAACCGUCACCGUCUCCUGUCCUCGAGCCUUGCGGAUAAUAUUCGGCAGGAAUGGUAACAUUAGCAGGAACUGUACGUCAACCGGCUGGUCCGAGGUUUUCCCAAACAUCAGCCGUGUGUGUGGCUCCGACACGAGCCAGGAUAAGCUGGUGUUCUACGUGGUGGUGCAGACUCUGUACACUCUGGGUCACAGUCUGUCUCUGAUCGCUCUCACCACCGGGAGCGCCAUCCUCUGUCUGUUCAGGAAGCUCCACUGCACCAGGAACUACAUCCACCUCAACCUCUUCAUCUCCUUCAUCCUGAGAGCCGUGGCCGUGUUGGUGAAAGACGACAUCCUCUUCAGCCGAAGCUCGCAGUGCUCCAGCCAGCCAUCUCUGGUGGGAUGUAAAGCCAGCUUGGUGUUCUUCCAGUAUUUCAUCAUGGCCAACUUCUUCUGGCUGCUGGUGGAGGGCAUCUACCUCCACACGCUGCUGGUGGUCAUCUUCUCAGAGAACCAACACUUCAUCAUCUACAUGUUCAUCGGCUGGGGAAUCCCAACAGUGUUUGUUUCUGUGUGGGCGAUAACAAGGAUUUAUCUGGAAGACACGGGGUGCUGGGAAAGAAACGAUCAUCCCAUUCCCAACUGGGUGAUCAAUGGACCAAUCGGAUUCUCCAUCAUGGUCAACUUCAUCCAGUUUGUCAACAUCAUUCGGAUCUUGGUUCAGAAGCUGCGGUGUCCAGACAUUGGCGGCAACGACCAAUCCCAGUACAGGCGCUUGGCCAAAUCCACCCUCCUGCUCAUUCCUCUGUUUGGCAUCCACUAUGUGGUCUUCGUGUGUCUCAGCGAGUCCAUUGCUGAAGAUUAUAAGAUCUUCUUUGACCUGGCCCUGGGCUCCUUUCAGGGUUUAGUCGUGGCCAUUCUCUACUGUUUCCUGAACAGCGAGGUUCAAGGAGAGCUGAAGAGAAAAUGGCGGAGCGUGUGUCUGAACUGCCACCUGAGCAGAGUUCAGCACUUCAGCAGCAACUUUGCCUCCAGGAACGGUUCUGAGCACAUGAUGCAGUUUCACCGUAACUCCAGGGCCCAGUCCAUCCUGCAGUCUGAGACCACCGUGCUGUAAGGGAAUAAAGCUGGUGCAGCCUCCGGAUUAACCUGGGGCAGAGUUCAGGACAUUAAAGGAAGAGCUACCUGAGAUGAAAACCCACAUAGGUGUGACCCGAUCUGCAGGUGUUGGCUUUACACGCCUCUGCAGGCCUUGAGGUGUUUCCUCAGCGAACAGGAGGUGUCUGGGUCUGAGGAGCACUUUGUUUCUCAAAGUAACAAGCUGGUUUGACUUUAGCUGCAGGUCUGCACGAGUUUAACAUUUACAUACUUGAAUGUUUCAUUCAUGACAGUUUUCAUUUUCAUGUAAAGGUUUGGAAACUGCGGCUGUUGUUUUAAGUCCAUUAAGGCCAACGAUGAUGUUCACAUAAAUCUGAAAUCAGACAAAAAAUAAAAACAGUAAAAAAGUCCACAUUCUCAUGAAGAUGGGAUUAAUGUGGAAGAUUCCCAAAGCAGGAAAAGUGAGACUCCUGUCUGCUGCAGGAGAUGAACAUGAACAUGGUGAUGAGUUCACUGGACCUCAGCAACCUCCGGUUCCAGUACUCAGUCUAGAAUCUUUGAAAUGGGGUGGAGCAGGAGAAUCUCAUCAUGGAUGGAUCUGAUGUUGUUGUGUCAUUCUGGACCAGAACCUCUGAGGGAUGUUGUUGGAUCUAUGGCAUGACUGGUUAAAGUGGUUCUAAAUGUUAAGUGGGUCCACCCUGGUACUGGUCAUGUGUUCCUAAUGAAGUGGCCACUAAGAUAUGAUAUUCUUCAUUUGUUUAAAUGGCUGAAGAUGAAUCUGUCUCUCUUUGUUUUUAAAUCUUGGAUUAAGACCUUUGUUAUUUUGAAAGCCGUUUAUCUCAGGUCCACCAUGUUGGUCUUCACUAAGCAGCAGAUGGAUCGGAGAAGCCUUCAGAACUGUGACCCAGGUCAGCGGAUGACCCCAGGCCGUCUGAGCUGGAGAUACAUACAGAGCUGUUUUUGGGUUUUCACCCUUUUGGAUAUGUAAUGAAAUGUUUUUGAUGCAUGCUUUGAUAUUUUUGGACCUUUGGCUCUCUGUUAAAAAAAACUCAAGUGCUCUGACUGAAGAUGUUAUUUAACUCAAAGGGAAACUUGCAUCUGUGUGUUUCAGGAAGCUGAAGCUGUAGUGAUAGAUUUUAGUGUAACGCUCUUACUGAAACUGCAUCAUUUAAGGUUUUUUCAAUAUUUUUAAGUUUGCUUAAAAUGAAAAUUGAGGAUUCACGUCCAGUGUGAGACUGAUUUGCACAAAUGAAAUCAUUUCUGAAAAAAUCUUCAGAUAUAAACACUGGGUUGUGUCUCUUCCACCUUCUGAAGGUGAGAUUUUUAAAUAAGAUGCUGCUUAAAAUCUUUUCUGCCACAUUUGAAAAUCAAACAACCAGAGUUUCAUUAGCUUUUAUGUAUAUUUUUUUAUUUAUUGUUUUUUUUUUUGUAUUUUUAAUGUAAACUUGUUAUCGUUUGAAACCUGAUCUGAACGAUUUAAAAAGCUGUUUUUGUUUAUUUUUCAUGUUAAAUUAUUACAAGACAACAAUAAACCUCUGGCUCCUGACUUAAGGCACACAGCAAAAAUCCACAUUUUAUUCACAUAACCUCAUUUCUAAUUAUAUUCAUCACCAGUAAGUCCAGUAAGCUAUCUGGACUUCUGUUUUUGGUUCCUGCUCAGAGCUGCCUUUUCUUUGACAGAUAUUGUCUUAUUUCUCAGCGAUCUGAAACAUAACCACGCUCCUGAGUGCUUCUUGGACUUUGUGACACUAAGCAGAACAUUAAUAAACAUCUGCGUUCUAAUUUUAAAAUUUUAACUUGUAAAAAUUAAGAAAAACACUCAGAGGUUUCAUCGUGAAGCUGUAUGUCUUAAGACCAGCGUUACAAAGAAGCUACAGCCUGGCGUCGCUCGUCAGAGUUUAAAUCUAAAAGUCAGAAUUACAAAGAGUCGGUGUAGUGGAUUAACGACUGCCGGGAUCCAGAUUAUCGUGUCUUUGUUCAUUCAUGACUUUAUGAAUGUCAUGAACAUUUUGUUUUUAAGCACUGACCUGCGUCAGCUGAGAUAUUUGAUAUUUGCUUUAGUUUAGAGGUCUUUACCCUGAGGUCACAUUUGUUUUGUGAGAUUAUAAUAAUCCACUGAUUCUGUGUCAAACUCUAAUUAAACUGAGAUAAUUAACUAAAUCUGUGAGACAAAAUGUUCAGAUUAAUGCAGACUGGAAACAAUUGUGGAGUUUUAGUCAGAAAAUGUCUUCUUCACUUAACCCGUUAAGCACCUCACAGGAAAACCUGCUGGUUUGUAUCGUUGUGCAUUUGGGGAAAUUAAAGUUUUACUUGGGAAUUAAAUGUACUCGUCCAAGUGACUGAUUGGCCAUUUAAAUGUAGCUGAAAUAUUUUUAAUUGUUAAAAUAUGUUUGCCGUGUUUGUUGUAAAUCAUUUCUUCUCCAGAUUAUCUCAUCUUUAGUUUGUGUUUGUAAGCCAACUUCAGACUGAAUUCAAGUAUAAAGAGGAGAUUUUGUUUAAUUUUUUCUGCAGGGUGGAAUUGAUCUAAUUGUCUUUGAGCACUAAUGUAACGCCUUCAACAUUUUAGGUGCUCCUAAGAAAUGAUGAAUAAAAAUGUACCUGUCUAAUA